AUGUUCAGGGUAGAAUGCCCUAACGUCGGAUAUAAAGUAGAAGAGCACCUGUCAAGUUCAUUUUCAAAGAUCGACGACCAGGAUAACGAGAACCAGACCAACGUUGUGAUUCCUGACUCUGAAGAGGACAUCGAAGAAGUGGCACCUCUUGCAGAUUUUACACCAUCAUUGGAAGACCGCAACGCCUUUCUUGUUGGUUACUGUCCAGCAGGUCAAGUCCGACGAUCAGGAUACUGUGUAGACAGCGAUUAUAAUUUUUUUUUCUAUGACCUGUGCAACAAGUGA